AUGAAACAGUAUAAACACUCUCUCGAUAUUGUUCCAAAAAAUUUAUACCUGAUUGAAGCCGAACGAGAUUUAGAUUCAGAGAAUAUAAAAAAUAAUGGAAAUAUAAAAUUAGAAACUUUUUCUUCAAUUAAGCCGUUGUCUGAACCAGUUCCAAAAGAACCGAAAGUUAAAAUUAAACCAACCGAAGAAAAAAAUAUUUAUCGCUGGUAUAUUUUAUCAGCACGGGGCGGAAGAGAAGAAAAAGUUAUGAAGGACAUUAGGCAAAAACUAGCCGAAAAAAAAGAAAUGGAGCAGGAAGUUAAUGAUUUAAAAAUAGCCAAAAGUGCCAGCAAGAAGAAAGUUAUUAAGGGUUAUAUUCUCGGUCAUUUUCACUUAACUCCGCAAUUGGUAAGUUUUCUUUACAAUAUUCCGGGGGUAAUUGGUUUUUUAAAUCAUGAAAAGAAAGAUAAAAAGUUGCCGAGUUUUGUUUCCGAAAGAGUAAUUGAAAAUUUCUUCGCCAAAAUACAAGAAAAAAAAGAAGUAAAAAUAGCAGUUGGUGAUGACUCUAAACUAAAAGUAGGGGAUUUGGUAAGAAUUACGGAAGGAAUAUUUGCGGGUGCGGAUUAUGAGGGUCGAAUUGUCCAUUUAGAUGAAAAAAAACAGAAAGUUAAAAUCGUUACUGAAAGUUCAGAAGUUAAGGAAUUCCAAGCCGCGGAGGUAGUCAGAGAGUUGAACCAAAAAAAUUUAACCGAUACUGAAUGUUUCCCUCCCAACUAUUUGAAGCCAAGUAAUUUUACUGCCGAGGGUGCUUGGAAAGUUCAAAAGGCCCUCACCGAAAAUAUUAAACGGCAUAGUGAAGAAAAUAGCGAAUUAGAAAUAUUAGUCCACCAGUCUGCCAAAAUAGAAUACGGAGAAGACAAUUUCCUAAAAAGAGAGGAUAAUAAAAUGUAUCUUGAAGAAUAUUUUCCCUCCGAACAGUGA